CCCGCUGCCCUCCUUCCGGGUUCCUGCGGCCUCUUGCGAGCCAGCGGGCGAAGGCGAAGGCGAUGGCGGGCGCGGCGAAGCGACCCCGGCGCGGCUCCCCCGCGUCUCCCGCGCGCGCCCUGCCUGCUUUCCUGCGCUGGUGCGCCGAGGCCGGCGUGGAGCUGAGCGCCAAGGUCGGCGUGAGCCGCGAGGGCACCGUGGCCGCCUACGGGCUGCUGGCCAGGGAGAGCUUGGUCGCCGGCGAAGAGCUCUUCAGCAUCCCCAGGACGGCGCUCCUGUCCCAGCACACCAGCGCCCUUGCUCCCCUCCUGCGGAAAGAAGAAGCCUCCCUUCAGAGCUCAUCGGGCUGGGUUCCUCUUCUGAUUUCUCUCCUCUACGAGUGCACAGUUAGCAGUUCCCGUUGGGGGCCUUAUUUCUCUCUCUGGCCCCAGUUCACUGAUUUGGAUCACCCCAUGUUCUGGGGUCCUGAAGAACAGGCACGGCUUCUGCAAGGGACAGGAGUCCUUGAAGCUGUGGAGAAAGACUUGGCCAAUAUUGAGAUGGAGUAUUCAUCUAUCAUCUUGCCCUUCCUGAAGGCCCACCCAGAUCUCUUCAACCCGAAAGUGCACACACUGGAGCUCUAUCGGAGGCUGGUGGCAUUUGUCAUGGCUUACAGUUUCCAAGAACCUCUGAAUGAGGAAGAAGAGGAGGAAGAACCUAAUCCUCCAGUGAUGGUGCCCCUGGCAGAUCUUCUAAAUCACGUGGCCAACCACAAUGCCAACUUGGAAUAUUCUCCGGAGUCCUUGAAAAUGGUCACCACUCAGCCUGUCCGCAAAGGCCAGGAGAUCUUCAACACAUACGGAGAAAUGGCCAACUCGCAGCUCCUCCACAUGUAUGGCUUUGCUGAGGCUUACCCUGGCAACACCAAUGACACUGCUGACAUCCAAAUGUCGACGCUGCUGAAAGCUGCACUUCAAGCCACAGAUACAGACAUGGAAGAGAAGCUGGUCAUGGACCAAUGGAACUUCCUUUGCCAUCAGGAAAUGGUGGGUGAGGAAGGGGCGUUUGUGAUUGGCUGGGAGAGAGUUUUCACUGAGGAGGAACUCUCGGUGGCAUUACAGCAUGAAGCCAUCCACAUCCUGGAGCUCUGGGGCCGCCUCACCAUAUCCUUAUAUCCUUAUACACCAACCACUUCGCUGCAUCCCUUCCAGGUGUUCAGCAACCCAUUUAAUUUCCAUUGGGAAUUGAUGUUAAAUUUGGUGGGAGAUGUUGCGCAAAUGCCAACGGAGGCUUCUUGGAUUCGAAUCCAUGGGGGCGCAGUGAUUAGAAUGCAGUAUUGCAGGCCAACUCUACCAACCGCCAGCAGUUCUCACCAGCUCAAGGUUGACUCGGCCUUCCAUUCUUCCAAAAAAUCUCCUUCUAGGUUCUGCUCCAAGUGGGGAAAAAGACACUGGAGACAUGGAGACUGCUUGGAAAGAUGGUUUAAUGGUGGACAGGAUCACAUGGCUUGAGUUCCUGAACAGAAAAGGGUAGAUACAGCGAGUUUUUCAGGUGCUCACUAUGUCUGCAGAGGAAUUCAAGGAGUUUAAAGAGGCCAAAACUGAUGGAAAAGGGACUGCUUGCUUGAUCCAGUCAGUUACUAUGAUACCCAACCUGAGUGCUGCUCAAAAGAAGCUUCUCUUUGAUGCCA